UUCUCUUUCCUAAAUAUUAACAAAAGUUCCGGAGGAGGAACCGAGGAAGUUAAGCAGCAGAGUGAGAUGGGGGCGAGAUUAAUCCUAUUCCCUUUACCACUGCAAGGCCAUGUUACACCAAUGUUCCAUCUAGCGGAACUUCUCCACACAAAAGGCUUCUCAAUCACCAUCAUCCAAACAAACUACAAAUCUCCUGAUCCUACCCAUUUCCCGCACUUUACCUUCCACUUCCUGGAUGAUGGCUUGCCCGACGAUGUCACAUUUGCACCAAAUAAUUCAAGUACAGUUCUAGACACCCUGAAUACAAACUGCUUAAACCCAUUUAGGAAUUGCUUGUCCCAAAUUUUGAGCAAGGGUGCCACACAACAGGAGCCUGUAGCUUGCCUUAUUGCAGAUCCUAUGUGGUCUUUCACUAGGUCUGUUGCCAGUAGCUUCAGCCUCCCCAGGAUCAUGCUGAGGUGCGCUAGCAUGUCUACCUUUUAUGUUUAUCAUUCCCUACCAUCUCUACGAGCAAAGGGCUACUACCCUCUCCAAGAAACUAAAUUUGACGAGCCAGUACCAGAGCUUCCACCUCUCAAAGUCAAAGAUUUACCUCCAGAAGCAGGACAUAACCUACUGGUAAAUAUAGUGAAAGAGAUGGAGACUUCUCAAGGAAUCAUCUGUAACACAUUCGACGAGCUUGAAGGUUCCUAUAUAAUGAGAAUUCACCAAGUCCUUUCCACCCCCAUCUUUCCACUCGGCCCAAUACACAAAGGCACAACAAAUUCUCAGGUGAGCAUAUGGAAGCAAGACCAUACAUCCAUUUCAUGGCUAAAUACACAGGCACCCAAAUCUGUACUUUAUGUCAGUUUUGGGAGUAUUGCAGAAGUGAGCAGAGCUGAUUUUUUAGAGAUAGCCUACGGACUAGCCAACAGCAAGCUACCUUUUCUAUGGGUGAUUCGUGAUGGGUUGAUUGAAGGGUCAGAGUCAAAUGAAGCAGUCCCACUACCAGAGGGUUAUAUAGACAUGGUAAGCCAGAGAGGACAUAUUGUCAACUGGGCACCUCAACAAGAGGUCUUAGCCCACCCUGCCAUUGGAGGUUUCUGGACACAUUGUGGUUGGAAUUCAAUCAUGGAGAGCAUCAGUGAAGGGGUGCCAAUGCUUUGCCUACCUUUGUUUGCCGACCAGACAAUAAACACGAGGCACAUAAGUGAGAAUUGGAAAAUUGGAUUACAAUUGGAGAAAGGGAUAGAAAGGGGGGGAAUUGAGAGGGCAAUCAGAAAAUUGAUAGUGGAAGAAGGUGAAGCAAUGAGAAUCAAGAUUAAAGCUCUCAAGGAAAAGGCAAAUCUUGCUUUUGAGGAAGGUGGCUGCUCUUACAAAACUUUGGAAAAUCUCACUAGCUACCUACUAUCUUUUGUGUCAUUGAAGGCAACUUAGUUUUCUCAGAUAAACUGCUAAAGCAGAAUAUACUCAAUAAAGCUUGCAUGAUGAAAUACUCAAACGAGCAGCAUUCAAGCCAA